CAAGCUUCUUUGGUGAGUGAUCAUGCGGUGACAAGUAGUGAAGUUGAGCUGACGGAUGAAGAGGAGGAGGAAGAUGAUAUUCCGCCAGGUGAUGUUGAGGUUGACACGAGGAGGCAAAAGAAAAAUAGGCCAAUUAAUUUGGACUUAGUUAAUUUUGAUAGUGUAUUGACGGAAGAGCAUUUGCAUUCUAUUCGCCGUUUAUCCGGAGCGCCGAGUAAUGUGGAGUUGUUGUUGCCUCGGAAGGGCGAUCGCUUGUAUUCGCCACCCGAUGGGUUUCAUAUGGUAUUUUUGGGGUACUUGACGUGCACAUCUGAGAUUACACCGCAUCCCACCUUGUUGAAGGUUUGUGAGGAAUUCAAGAUUGGGUAUAGUCAGCUAACGCCCACUGCUGUUCUGAUGUUCCAGGCGUUUCAUUUUAGGGUGGUUCGAGUAGGUCUGCCUGUGUCUGUGAGUUUAUUUAAGGCGUUAUUUACAUUACAUCGGCCCAACAAGAUGCCUUUCUUUUAUUUUCAUCCUCGCGUUCCUUACCAAUUCGUGAAGAGUGUGAAGCUAUCUUUGGGGAAAUGGAAGACCUAUUUUUUUUAUGUGAGGGCUCCCACGUUUGACGUUCCCGUAGUUUGGAAUCCUACGUGUGAGAGUUUCACGAUAACUGCAAAUAUGGCGAAGAGGAUUGAGGAAUCUGGGUUGUGUGAUGUGGAAUUUGAUCCGAGGGGUUUGAUACCGACGGUGAAGGAUGGGGGUAUCACAUUUGCGGCACUUCGAGCUAAGGCGAAUGGGACGUCGAAGAAGGCAUCGAAGAAGUUACCCUCUACGUUGGGAGAUUCUUCAAGUGGUUUGCUUCGUGAGGAGACCCAUGUAGAAACUCCUCGAAUAGUCGCAGAUGACCGUAGCAGUGCUGGUGAAGGGGAGGGGCGUCCACCGAAGAGGGAUCGUGGCAAGGGGAAGAGGGUGGAUACUGAGUAUGUCGCUGUGCCUAAGCGUCUCCGGGUAGACCCAGAGGAGACUUAUGCUUUCCAUGGUGGAGGAGGGAAACAAUUGUUUACCUAUGGUGUGAAUCGCGACGGUAAGGAGUCGUAUUGGGAUGUGUCGGACCAUGAUCUGCCUAUGUUGAGUACCGAGGGAUUCGUUCUUGAGUAUGACCGUGCUCGGAUGUCUGGUAAGGGCCCUUCUCACAUGUUGGAGUUAGCCGGUGGUGACAUAUGUCGGUUGGUAGCGACUUGGAGAUAUCUCGUGGAGCAUGGUAGGAAUGUGGAAGCUAGGAAGGAAGAGGAGCGAGUUCGAAGUCAGACGCGUGAGGAUGAACUUCUAAGCCAGUUGGAGAUAGCGCGGUCCGAUCUUGCUCAACGGACGGAAGAGCUUGCUCAAAGGACAGAAGAGCUCGAGGUUAUCCGAGGUGACGCGAAGGCAUAUAAGGAUGAUGUUCAUAAGUUGAACGAGUGCUAUGAUCAGCUGAAGGAGAAAUACGAAGUCGAGAAGGCGACGGGGAAGAGGUUCCUCGCAACAUCAGGUGGUGCGGCUUAUAGGGAGUCCAUCGUGGAGGAAACCAAGCUUAGCUUCCGAGGUAGUGAUGAGUGUGCUGCUAUGAUUGAGGAGCAUGCGUUGGCUGUGGUCUAUAAGCCAUUAGUGCGUGCUUGUCGCCAAUAUCUUCGCGAUGCGGGUGGUAUCAGUGAGAAGGUGAUUCGAGGGAUGGAGGCUGGUAUCUCAGAUGGAGAGGAUGAUGAGGUAGAUGUCGAUGGGACAGGCACAGAGCUUGUGGCUGAUAUGGUUGCUUCCACUGUAGGGACGUCUUCCGCCCGCAGUAGGGCAGUUUAGAUUUAUUUGCUAGGAUAGUUAAACUUAUAUAUUUUUUUUUUGUUUGGAGUCUUAGUUUAUUUUUCUCGCUAAUGUAGAUGGGUAUGUCCUCUACUAUUUCGUUUGAAUUUUUUCCUUGUUUGACAUUUGAAGUUUGAUAUCUUGAAUUAUUUGUUUUGACUUUGUCAA